AUGUACACGCCGUGGAAGAUGGUACUUCGGGCGAAGUACAGCACUGGUGUCUCGAGGGACUUCCUCGAGCAGUUGCUCGCCAGUGCGAAGGAGGCAGCGGCCAUGAAGAAGUCGCAGAGGCCAGCAAGGAACAACGCCAAGUACUCCAAACAGAAGCAACAGCAGCAGCAUCAGCGUCAAACUAGACUUUCUACGGGGCCUCCGAUGCGAGAGAGGGGCCCCGCGGGGGCGUUCCACCCAAUGACCGCCCCGGGGGCCACAGCGUCGCAGGUGAAGCCAGCGGACCAACCGCAGUUCAAAGCCAAGCGGAGUAAAGGUGCGCCCCUCGCGCAGCAAGAUGAGAUCCUAGACGUGUUCGACGUAGCUGAGACUGCGACAGGCGGUGCUCGUAUCAAACGUACUAAACGUACCGCCCGCAACCAGCGCAACUCCGUGCGGAAUAAGCGCACGGGACAACAAGCCCGAACUGGUACCACAACGUUGUACCACGCGAGGGCCCCCGCCAAGGUGCAGGACACGCGGCUUGAGCUGGAACCGCUUACCCGCGAGUCCCUGCUCAGACACGCGACACAGCUUACCAGCUCUCCACGGGCCAGGAUGUUGAACCUCGCUAUGCACACCCUCAGGGACAGCAACUUCCCCGUCAACAGACCACCGAACGAGGUUCGCAACUCUGGAGUGUUCACCCUCCAAACUCCAAUGUUCGGCAAGUACGUCGGUGCACCUUCGAGAGGCGCCAUUCUGGAAAGAGAACGGCUGCUGUCCAACAUCGACGUCAAAAUGAACCAGUUGGCACUCGACGAGAAGGUCAAGGGUGUGUACCCUCUGCUGGACAGUCACAAGGAGCAAGAUUUCAAGAAAGUAGCACCAACGUCGGCAAAGACCCAGAGAGACCUCGCCCUUAAUAGCGCCAUCGUGAGAAGAAGCCUGCUUGGAAACGCAAGUCUCAACAUGGAUACAAAGAAACUGCUCUACCAAGUAUGCUCUGGCUUGAAACCGAUCAACGAAUUGUUUUAA